GGUCAGAGUCGGGGUGUGGCCGUGAGCAACGCUGCGUCCCCUGCCGAUGAUGAUGAUGAUGCGAGAUGGUGCCAGGAAGAGACUUGAAGGCAGAUCGUGAUGCAGCACGCAUACAUCACUUCGCGGCACUGGUCCCGGUGUAGCGCACUGAAUUCAGUGCGCCAAUUCCACUUCACGGAAUACGGUCCACCGGUUCCCGCUCCACAGAGUCAGGUGCACCUAUUCCAGGACACCGUUCCCGAUGCACAAAAUCGAGUGCACUCACUGCAUUGCACCAAUUACAAUGCUCCGACCCCCAACGCCGGCGAGCGGACACCGAUGCUUUGACCACCACCGGCACCCGACGCGCUCCGAUCCCUCGCACCGCUCCGAUGCGUGCGGCCACCCGGUGGCGCCGGCGGUGCCAAUAAAAGCGCGCGGUGCAGUUGCACUGCGGGCAGAUCUCGAGCAGCACUGUCCACGCAUGGCCACACGCGUGCAUCAUCAUCAUCAUCGCGCCGUCGAAGGCACCUAACGGGGACGCCGCCUCCUCCCCCCGCGUCUCUUCCCUUGCACCUCCAGCCGCCUCCGUCGUCUCCUCGCUCCUCCAGGCCGAGCCGCCGUCAUGAAUUACCUGCGCCGGCGGCUGUCGGACAGCGGCUUCGCCGGCAACCUGCCCAACGGCUACCUGUCCGACCUGCAGCGGCCCCAGCAGGGCGCGCCAUCGACGGCGGGGACGCCAGGCAAGGCCGAUGCUUCGGCCCAGCCCGCCUCGGGCUCCUCGGGCUCGGCGGGCUUUCUGAGCUCGCUGUCCUCGUCGCUGACCCACGCCGUGAAGAGCACCGCGGCGGGGCUCAUCGGGGAGGCGGCGGCCGCGGGGUCCCCAGGCGACGAGGGGAAGUCGGCGAAGAAGAAGAUCUUGCUCGUUAUAGACGAUGGCACCACGGAGUGGGUGCGUCUCUUUCGAGGGAAGAAGAUUUUACAGGAUCAUGACAUCGUGGUGGAACAGGCCGAGUUUGGAGACAUCGGGUUGGUGGCGCAGUCCGGGGAGCCGUGCGUCGUCACCGUGAGACAGAGCCACAACCUCCGGCAGCCGAGCAGGUCGUUUGUGCCGGAUUUCGUCCUCAUUCGGCAGCACGUGUGCGACGGUGGGCGGGGCCAGGAUUUUCGCUCGCUGCUGAUUGGCCUGCAGUUUGGAGGUGUGGCCUCGCUCAACUCCCUCUCGUCCAUCUACCACUUCUGUGACAGGCCCUGGGUGUUUGCUCAGCUGAUCGGGGUGAGGAGAAAGCUGGGGGGAGAAGCGUUUCCUCUCAUCACCCAGGCCUUCUACCCGGACCACAGGGCCAUGGUGAGCACUCAGGAGCUACCGGCGGUGGUGAAAAUGGGACACACACACGGCGGCCUCGGCAAGGUGAGGGCGGAGAGCCACGGGGGGUUACAGGAGCUGCCGGGGCUGCUGUCGCUGGUGCGUGCGUACGCCACCGCCGAACCGUACCUGGAGGCCAAGUACGACGUGCUUGUCUACAAGAUCGGGGCGGCCUACCGUGCGUUCAUGAGGACAUCCAUGUCUGGCAGCUGGAAAUCCAACACGGGCUCCGCCAUGGUCCAGCAGAUCGCGAUGACGGACAGGUACCGCGUGUGGGUGGACGCGUGCGCCCAGCUGUUUGGCGGCCUGCACGUGUGCGCCGUCAAGGCGGUGCACGCCAAGGACGGCCGCGACUACAUCAUCGACGUGAUGGACGGCUCGGUGCCGCUGGUCGGGGAGACGCGGGAGGAGGACGAGCGACUCAUCGCGCAGCUCGUCACCUCCUCCUGGGAGGCCCUACUAACCCACCAGCGCGCGCAGGCACAGGGCAGCACCACAGAAGGCCCGGACGACCCCAAGCCUCCGGCCCAGGGCUGCCUGCAGUACAUCCUGGACUGUAACGGGUCGCAGGGCACGACUGAGACUGACAAGGCCGGGCAGCAGCAACAACAGCAGCGAGUACAGGCAGCCCAGCCACAACCCUCGGGCCACACGCCACAAAAAGCACAGCCACAGCCUGUUCAGCCACAACAGAAGCAACAGUCGCAGGUGGGUCAGCCACAACCCAAGCCACAACAACAACCGGGGCAGCCACAACCGAAGCCACAGCCUGGGCAGCCACAACCUAAACAACAACAGCCGGGGCAGCCACAACUGAAACUACAACAACAGCCUGGGCAACCGCAACCCAAGCCACAACAACAGCCAGGCCAGCCACAACAGAAACCACAAGCACAACUGGGGCAGCCACAACAACAACCUGGGCAACCACAACUCAAACUACAACAACCUGGGCAGCCACAACCGAAAGCACAACCGCAACCUGUCCAGCCACAACCCAAGCCACAGUCAUCACCACCUGCACAACCACAGCCACAGCCACAAGCUCAACCACAGCAACAAGUGGGUCCACCACAACCGAAACCACAACCCAUUCAGGCACAGCCUAAACUACAGCCCGUGGGUCACUCUGCACAGCCGCCAGCCAGACCGGUGGUCAUACAGCAGCAGAGGCCGCAAGACGGGGCCCGCCCGGAGCCCCCCCAGACCCGGGCCCCGGGACAGGUGGCCCAGAAGUGGAAGGCGGUAGGGGGCGUGGGAGCCGCGGGGGGGCCGCCCGCGACGGCGGUGGCGGCGUCCUCUGGCGGGGGCCGGGCCCCUCAUCCUCGGACCCAGGGGGAAGGAUCGAGCCCCCCGCCCCAAGCCGCGCAAUCGAGCGGCGCUCCCCCGCCGUCCGGGGCGGCCCAGGCCCCCCACGGGCCGCAGGGGGAAGGGGGGCCGGCGGCUCAACGAGCGGCCGGCGGAGGGCAACGCCAGACAGCAGCGCUGCAGCCGAUGGGGGGGACACAGCGGCCGGGUGGGGGGCCGCAGCAGCAGCAGACGCAAGCCACCGGGUCCACCUCCAGUGAGGAGGCGAACGACCCCAACGUGAGCCAGCGCUUCGUGGGCGAUGGCGCUCCGUCCGAGAAGCAGAUGGCGCUGCACCAACAGUCGCAACAGCAGCAACAGCAGCCAUAUCAGAAGCAGCAGCAGCAGCAGGUGGUAGGGUUGGCUGGAGGGCAGCAGGGCAGCCGUACAGCACCAGCCGUGGGUCAGAGGUCACGCACGCAGUCCCACUCGGAGCAGGCAGGGUCACCCGUUCCGCAGUGGAGUGGGGUGAGACAAGGGUCAGUGCCUGGGCCAGUGCCGGGGUCGGCACCAGGGUCGGCACCCGAAUCGGCGCCGGGAUCGGCGCCGGGAUCGGCGCCGGAAUCGGCGCCGAAAUCGGCGCCGGGGUCAGGCCCGGGGUCGCCCCAGCACCAGAGGUCGGCAGCCGGACCCGGCUCGCCACAGCAGGGGAAAGCUCGCAGCCGGUCAGUGCAGGGUGCGGCGCAGGCAGACGUGGCUGCGCCGGCACCACCAUCACCGCAGAAGCAGCGAGCGGAGAGCAUGGGCUCGGAUAGACGCAGCGAUCUCAUCAGGGCACCUUCCCCACAGCAGCAGCAGUCACCGGUCCCACAAGCAAAACUACAGCAGCAACAGCAGCCUCAAGCGCAGGCACAAGGGCGGCCGACCUGGGUGUCACAGGAAACGGGGACCCGCGGCGGUGUGAUUGGGGAGCAGCGCGCAGUCGCCCCGUCGGACUACCAGCCACAGCAGCCACAGCAGCCACAGCAGCCACAGCAGCACGGUCAACACGGCCAGCACGGCCAGCCAUCACUCUACCAACAUGACAGUCGGCAGCCGUUUAACGAGCUGGACAAUCACCAUCAUCAUCAACAGCAGCCGCAGCAGCAGCAGCAGCAGCCAGCUGUGAGCGAGCAUCAGGCCAACCAGAGCCAGAGCCGGUCCAAGGGCCCGUCCCCCCAGGCGUCCCCACCACCCCACCAGCCACGGGAGAGGCCCCAGCCCGGCGUGCUAGCCCAGCGAAGGUGGCCCCCCGAGCAGGCGCCAGGCACGGGGCCUGUCCCGCAGCAGCAGCUGCAGCAGCAGCAGCCACAGCAGCCAUCGGGGCCCGUGGCGAGCCAGAGAGGCCCCACCGCUGAACCCCUGCCGAGCCCCCAGGCCCGGCGGCACGGUCCCUCGGCGCAGCCAUCUCCUCCCCCGCAGCAGAGGGCCCCCGGGGAGCGGUCCCGUGGACCCCCCCCACCGCUCCAGCCAAAGCCGGCCGAGCUGGCCGCGAGGCCCGACCGGGGCCCGCCUGCUGCGGGAAUGCCGGAGAGGAUCUCGCCCAGAGGCCCGCCGGGCCAGCCCCGCCCCGCGGAGGGCGGCGGAGAGGCCCAGGGUAGGCCGCGUCUGCCCCCGAAGCCCAGCGAGCUGGCCGCUCAGCCGCCGUCGCCUCGGCCGCAGCAGAAGGCCGGCGGCUACGCAGCGCCGCAGCAACAGCAAGGGUCUCCACAGCUGCAGCAGAGGCCGGUGUCGACCCAACAGCCGCAAGGGCCCUCCUCCUCCCCAGUACCCGCACAGCGGCCACGCAAGUCGUCGGUGUCUCCCGAGCACCAGAGGGGCCCCGCUGGGAGAGCCCCGGCUGUGGCACAGAGGGGCGCUUCUGUGGCCCAGGUGCCAGCACCGUCGGCACCCACGCAGCAGCAGCAGCCGCAGCAGCCGCAGCAGCAGCCGCAGCAGCCACAGCAGCAGCAGCAGCCGCAGCAGCCACAAGAAUCGGCGCCCCAACCGCUCAGCUCAUCUGGCGACCUCCAGUCGGGCCAGGAGCAGACCGAGAACUGGCCUCCCAUUCGCAACAUCCGCAAGUCCUUCGCUUCCUUCUUCCUCGACUGAAGCAUGCGACCGCACGACACGGCCACACUAUCGCAUGCACCGCACGCACCGCGCCACCGACAUUGCCGACACAGCCACGCACACCGCGCAACACGUGUCUCAACUCCCAUUGCGCACCGGUCCCACCCAGGUUCUGUCUCACCACCUCAGUAACCCUGCCUCAUAUCCACGGCCUGAUUUCAGCACCCGGCACACACGUCCAGUAUAUAUUUCACUGUGACUGUGGCUACUUGGUCACGUGCUAACUAUUCCAGUCUACCAACGACCCAUAAAAUAUUUCUGCACACCAGUACACCACAUCCAGUAUACCUAUCGUUAUGGCUGUGGCUCCUACUAGUCACGUGCUACCUACUCCAGUCUACCGGUAACCCAGAAAAUAUUUAGUUUGAAAUGAAUUCCUGCUCACCUCCCUCCCUCCACUACAACCCAAGCCACCUCCCUCUCAAGGGAGAAUGUUGGUGGUGUUGUGGGUGGGAGGGAGGUGUGGACCGGUGAAUGGUCACUUGAAGGGAUCUCACAGGUAACUCUGUGGUAUCUGCUUCCGGGGGCCCGUCGUCCAAGACAAAGGCUUGUUGCCGCUCUGCGAGAGAGUCCCGAACGGAUUCGUCAUGUCCAGGAUUUCUAACCGCGAGCAUUUACAACGAG